UCAAGUAUCCAUUGUUGGUUCAGGUUUUCCAAAUCUCUGAUUGAAGAAGACGAUUGUGAUUGGGUUUGUUUUUAUUCCUGAUGGUUAACUUUAUUGAAUGAGCUACGCUAUUCUCAUGCGUCGGAUCAUGAUCCUCCAUUCAUUCUCUGUUGUUUUUCUUUACUGGUUCUAUCAGUUUGAUGAAUAAGUCAUUUCAUCUCGAUUUAUUCAUUCUUCUUCUUCAUUGUUGUUACUUGUUAAUUACCCUGAUUUUACUUCCUUUAACGACGAGAUCUCUAGCCCAAGAAACCAAAUUGAUUUAUUUGAAAACUGAGAAAUGAACCCAAAAGAGGGAAUUGAGGAGAGGAAGAAGAGGAGGAGGAUAUCGAACAGGAAUUCAGCUAGAAAGUCUCGGAUGAAGAAACAGCAGCAAAUGGAUACGCUUCAGAUUGAAAUAACAAAGAUGGAAUCGGAGAAGGUUGUGUUGAAGGAACAGAUUGAUUUGGUUGCAGGAAAUUACUUUGAAAUGGAAUCUGAGAAUAAGGUAUUGAAGGCACAGUAUGAUGAAUUGACUGAAAGGUUGCAAUCUCUUAAUUCGUUUUUGAAGAUGAUUGGUUUUGUUAAUGGUUAUGAAAUUGAGAUUCCUGAAAUGCCUCAAACUUUGGUGGAGCCAUGGCAGCUUCCUUGUUCAAAUGGAGUAGCUAAUACAGGCAUGUUCAAGUGUUGAAUCUUCUGGUUGAUAUGUUUUAUCUUAUUUGAAAGGAUAUGGUAUUGUUGUUUGUUUGAUUGAUUAUUUAUUCAUCAUCUUUACAUUGUUUGUUCAAUAAUUGUGGAUUGAAAUCUGUUUGUUUCAAUGAAUAAGACAUUUUUUUAUUGCAAA